GAGCUUCUCCUUUUGACUUCAGAUCAAUGAACUGAAGAUGAAGGUCAUCGAGCUGGCCGGAGUGAAGAAACCUGCCUUGAAGAAAGUGCGUAUGAGUGCCGACGCCAUGCUUAAAGCUCUGCUGGGCUCCAAACACACGGUAAACAUGGACCUCAGGGCCAACCUGAAGCAGGUCAAGAAGGAGGUGAAGGAUGAGUCUGCUGAGGUGGUGGGCGACUGGCGCAAGAACAUUGAGGACAAGGCUGACAGGAAGAAGAUGUUUGAGACCUCUUAAAGACUUUCUCAUCCAACUUUUGUUUUGCUCAUUCUGGGGUGUUACAGCUCUUCAUCACUGUUGCCUCUGAUCUCUUACGUGCAAUUAAAUGUUCUUUUUGGAAUAAGGCAAUGCUGUGAAGCUGCACUUUUUUCAAGGCGGUCUUUUUUUAUUUUAACGGCUAAUUUAAGUCGGGCUAAUUUAUACGGGCUGUUGUAUAUUCACUUACUCCUGAGUUCAAUCAGGUUCAAUCAGAAAUCUAAACCAGAAAAAGCUUUUUUUUUUUCCAGGUGUAAGAUGACUUUAAUAUAACUUACAUUUCCAAAUAGGCAGUUAGAAACUGAGAUGUGUUGUGCUGAUGUUUUACCACCAGAUGUCAGUAGAGAGCCUUUUCAUCCUUUAUUUGCUGGCUCCGUUUUCUUCUUUUACAUCUUCUCUUUUUAGUUUGAGUCCUAGAAGACUCAACUAUCUGACUCAAGACUCAGCUUUUGCUGACAGAUUUUUUUCGUCAUACCUGGAAUUUAUUGAUCAAUCGUUUGUAAUCAAAUCAUAUUUGAUCACCAAUAAAGCUGCAGCCGCACAGAGUUCUACAAA